GCGCAUGCGUGGAUGAUUAGUGAAGUGCGAGACAUCGCGGCAAUCGGACGUUGCAGACCUAGGACUUGACAACAAAAAAUAUAGGAUUAUAAACUAAAUAGCAACUUUAAAAAAUGCAGGGAAUAUUCAGAGUGUUACUCGUACUGGGGGUCAGCUCAUCCCUGGCUCUGGCCUGGAAGCCCAUCAGUGGCAGUACGGCGGCCUACAGCCUCAAACAAUCGCAUCCCGGGGCGGCGAGCAGCAGCCACGAGCUGAGCACCAGUUUCACGGAUCCCACAGGUGCCGGCGAGGACGAGGACCCCCAGCUACUCCUUAGCCGGGCCAGGCCCAUUUCCUUUGAGGAUCAGUACGAGUCCUACAGCCUGGAGGAUGCCACUGUGCCCAAGGAUCAUGGCUUCACAAGGACUCCAUUGUACGGCUCCAACGAGUGCAGCGUGAAAAAGUUUGCCUUUAACCAGGAUGGGGAAGUGGAGUAUGGUAAUCAUCUGCCGGAACUGGACCAGUUCACCAUAUGCUUUUGGAUGCGAUUCACCAAUCACACUGGCGACCAUGUCCUCUUGACCUACGAGGCCGGCAAGGAACCAAGAGAAGUACAAAUCUGGGUCGCCAAUGCGCAGAAUUCCAGUUUCCUAUCGAUGGCCAUAAAAGGUCAGCAAAUGUUCAGAUUGAAUUAUCCAUUGAAAAUGCGUCAGUGGCAUCAUAUGUGCAGCUCGUGGAAUGGCAAGACCGGCGAGUGGCAGGCCUGGCUGAAGGCAGAACGGAUUGGGCGCGGCUUCCACAACUCGCUUGUGGGCCACAAAGUUCCAGCGAACGGCAAGCUGCGUUCCGGCGGCAGCUCCGUCACCGGCGAGGUGAGCCACGGCCUCCACUUUGAGAUGACCCUCGUCCAGGUCUACCGGGUGGCGUUGAGCGCCGGCAAGGCCCAUCGGGAUCACAAGCAUCAUCAUGUCCAUCAUUUCGAUCACGAGGGUCAAGAGGUUCCCAGCACUACGAGGGCUCCGCCAACGAUAAAUCGCCCCCAGCCGAUGCACACACUCCUUGCCAGCGGACAAAUCCCCACCAGAGUUCGCAUUAAUCUGGCCAAUCCCCCGCCGGCGAAUAGUGCCAGUCCGGCUCCUCCAGCUGCUCCAGGCAGCGACCCCCAGGCCAUCACGAUCAAUACCAACUUUGUGAAUGGACAGAUCAAUGCCGGAUCCCGACUGGUGGCCCAACAACUGCUGGGACUUCCCGCCCAAAGUGGCGGCAAUCGAUUCCACAUGCUGAGCAACUCGGCCAACGUGCAGUUCAUCGACGAGACGGAAACCCACAUCAAGUUCAAGCGGGAGACGGAAAAGAAGCUCCAGAAACGUGGCCUGGUCCUGCUGGAGGACGGCUCCGUGGUGGACGAUGGAACGACUGCUGGCGAUGGAAGCGGGGCGAGUGAGAUCUACAAUGGCCUGGCCGACUUCGGGGGCCAGCAGUUCAAACAGGACCUGACCCUGAAGAUGAACCUCGAGGAGGAGAUCAGCACCCACGACCGGGAGCCGGCCGAGGAGGAGGUCAAGGCGGUGAUGGCGAUAUGUAGUACCUGCCACACGGAACCCUUCCAGGGCGCCAUCGUGUUUGCCUGGAAGGAUGUCCGCGAGCAGAUGAACAAUGCCCUCAAAGGACUCAGUGUCGGCUCUUGCGGCAACUUCUAGUUAUCUUCCGGUGGCUCCUUCCCAUCCGGAAAUCUAUUUAAGCUUUUUAUGAUUUUUUUUUUUUUAAUAACUUGUAUAUAUGUAUGAUUUUGGCUAGGGAUCUUCCGCUUCUCCGGCCUGUCCAUGAGUAAGUCAAUGUCAGAGGCAAACACCUUGACUCGCUCAUGGACAGGAUAUUAUUUCCCAAUCAUCAGCCGAGAUCCUAAUCCCUAAAAUCCCUAAACCCAUUAAUAAGCGGUGAUAUUGAAUAAUAAAGAAAACGAUGUAUCAUAUUUAAAACCAA